CCCUGGCCCAGCCGCCGCGUCACCCAUCCGGGUUCCUUCCGCCGGAAGCGGACCCCGGCGUCACACCCAAUGGGGUCCGGCGCGUUUAGCCCCAGAGAGCAGUGGCUCCGGGAUUGCCCGUCUCGCUGACCGGGCGCCGGGGGGGAGCCGCCCUGGCGGGACCCGUCCUCCGCGGGGGCGGCUGCUGGAGCAGAAAAAGCGGCUUUCAGGCCAGAGGCAGGGCUAGAGUCGGAGCCGCCGCCGGAGCGAGGAGAUGAUACAUAGAAAUGAAUCCUGUACUUCAGGGCAGGUACCUAUGACCUACUUAUGUUGCCUGGUUUACAUAUUGCAAGAAUGGACCGGUGUGGAGUACCUUGAGGACUAUCUGAAUUAUGUGGCCUACCUUUUAUGGGUGUUUACUCCACUCGUAAUUGUUUUUAUACUUCCUGGAUUUCUCCUCCUCCUCCUCUACGUUUCCAUUAUUUUACUUUAUGUUUAUAAGAGGAAGAAUGAACUGAAGGAGGCUUAUUCCCAUGAUAUCUGGGAUGGUGCAAGGCAAAUGCUGGCAACCUUAUGGGAUGGACAUGCAAGAAUAUGGCAUGGUUAUGAGGUUUAUGGUCUGGAAAAAAUACCAGAAGGACCUGGACUUGUUGUUUUUUACCAUGGCGCAACUCCUGUAGACUAUUUCUACUUUGUGGCUAAACUCCUUAUGCUGAAGAACAGAAUCUGCUACACAGUAGCUGAUCACUUUGUUUUUAAAUUACCAGGUUUUAAACUUUUACUUGAUGUGUUUGGUGUUAUGCAUGGACCAAAGGAAGAAUGUGUUAAAGCUCUGAAGAAUGGCAACUUGGUGGCUAUCUCUCCAGGUGGACUUAGAGAAGCACUCUUUAGUGAUGAAACCUAUGUUCUUAUGUGGGGUAAACGUACUGGCUUUGCUCAGGUGGCUAUUGAUGCAAAAGUGCCCAUCAUUCCUAUGUUCACACAAAAUGUUCGGGAAGGAAUUAGGACAUUAGGAGGAAUAAGGUUAUUUAGGUUGAUGUAUGAACGUCUUCGAUUGCCAGUUGUUCCUAUAUAUGGAGGGUUUCCAGUCAAAUUUCGUACAUAUAUUGGAGAUCCUAUUCCAUAUGAUCCAAAUGUGAAUGCUGCAGAACUGUCUGAAAAGGCAAAGGCUGCAAUCCAGUCUUUAAUAGACAGACAUCAGAAAAUACCAGGAAACGUAUUUAGGGCUUUAAUGGAACGAUUUGAGACACAGCAGAAAGAAGACUAGUGUGUGGUACAUAACAAACUUCACUAAUGUAAUCUUUUCGAAACUGUUUGUAACUAAUUUUGAGGAUCAUAUUAUUUGUUAUUAAAUGCACUGUCUUAAUUAUUUCUUUUUUAAUGCAGAUGUUAUCUGUAUAGUUUAACAUGAACUGUGAGCAAUUUCUUUUCCAGGACCAGUAUCAAACUUGAGCCCAAACCUGAACUCUUACUCAAGCAAAAAUCUUACUAAAGUAAUUAACUUUCACAUGCAGCCUUACUUUGAAAAAUAACUGUAUAAAAAUGACAUUUAAGGUUUCUGCAUUCAUGGUCUCUUGAUCACUUCCAUCUCAUAUCUGCAAGUAAAAAAAAUGUUUUUCUAACUGCCAAGCUUACAAACUUACAGGAGAUUCUGAUAUGUAUGCUGGAAUCUCUCUAAGUAUUAUCACCCUAAUAGGUUUUUUUUGGCCAAAUAAAAUCCUCAAGACCUUAUAAAAGCCCAUUUUCUUCAGAUUAUGACCAUGGCAAUACCUGUAAAAACUUAAAUGAUGUUCAGAGAUGUUCACGUAGAUGGGUAUAACUAGUCACCUCACUUUGUAUGUAGAACUUGAAGCGUGAGGGUAAUACUUCAGCUGGAAGGUACCCAGUUUUAUUGGUGAAUCCCAGAAAGAGUUUGCAAGGCUGCAACUUUAAUAUUUGGAAAAUUCCCAAGAAACUGAGCAAACUUCUUAGAGAAACCAAUAUGAUGCAACACUUACAGAAAUCCAGAAUACUAUUUUUAUUGUCAUUUUUCAGAGUAGAUCCACUUUUUUGGUUCUCGACUAAAGAUUGUAGGCCCAUAUAUCUGAACAGUCCACAAGAUUGGUGUUUUUUUUUUUUUUUUUGGCACAGUGAACUGAAUGCCUAACCUUUCAGAAAGAAGGCGUGAGUAAUCUAUUCAAAACUGCAAUGGUCAGAAUGUUUAAUUUUAUGUUACAAAAUGAUAUACAAUUUGUAAUGUGAUUUCAGAGUUUCACAAUAUUCAACGGUAUAAACAGCCUUUACAAUAUUUAUAUAUACGUACUUCCCUAAACUAUUUUUGUAGAAAAAUAGAACUUUUUUCAAAUCAGAAUUUCUAAAUUAUGACUUGCCAUCAAUCAUGCAGUCUUAACUUACAUAACACUUUCAUUGAAAUGGGGGAGAGAGAUGCCUGAGUAAGAAGUUGUAGGAUUGGACUAGUUUUGUUUUUGGCCAAAAAACUAAAUUUAUCUGAAUUGAAUCGCUGACUAAUGCAUGAAUUAUCUGAAUAGAAAAUAUCUUAAAUAUUUCCUGUAGAUAAGUAUUCAGAGUGUUAGUGACUGUAAAGUUAAUGUCUAGAAGUGUUCUUUAAUUGUAGGAGGAUAACAAAUUAAGGAAAGGGGAGAGAUUGUGGUUUUUUUAAUAAUACUAUCAUCUUCUUGUAGGUUGUUUAACAACAAAAAACAAAACACAAAACUACCCCACAUAUUGAGACAAAGAAUAGUUCUGUUUCACUUUACUCUGUUGUGGUAAUUCCUGCAAACACUUAUACGUAUAUGCCUUACUUUAACACAAGUAAUAUUGAGUAAUGGGACUUAUGUGCAUAUGUUUGCAGAAUCUGGGUUUUAUAUAAUUCAGUGUAGAGACUUUGUAUGGGGAAGCAAACAAAAGAAGUACAUUAUAAGAUUUGCAGAAAAUUCAACUCUGUACCGUACUAUUUUGUUUAAGCUUAAAGAAAAUGUCAUGUGAAAACAAUGUUCUUUCCAAAGACUUUGUUGAUUUGUGAUCUGUUUGAAAACUUAAGGGGACAUUAUCAUGAUGCAAGAAUGAAUUUUAAAAUACUGUUUUGUUUAAUACAUUAGACCAUUGAAACGGAGAAUGUUUAUUAAAACGUAUUUUUGUGUAAGUUAGAUAUUUUAUUUUGGCACUUUUCUCAAGGAGGACAAUGAAAACCGACUAGUUAAUUUGUAUUACCUUUCAGGAUUUCAUGCACUAAGACAGUGCUGCGCUUUUGAGGUUGCAGACACUUUAGAGGAACACUUAAUUUUUUCCCAUGAGAAUUUAAAUGAACGAAAGAGAAAAGACAUCUAUUAUGUUGAUCUUUGUUGUGGUGGUGGUUUUUUUAAAACUUGCUUUUACUUCAUUUGGGGCCAAAUUUGACUUGAUUCCAUCUCUUUAAUUUAAGAAGUAUUGAAACCGAAGUAUCAAAUCAAAUGCAGUAUCAGUACUUUUUAGAUAUACUUUUUGUUUGUAGAGCCUUUCAUGUUCUUUCUUUAUUAUAUGUACUGUAUAAAAAUACCCAACAGACAAAUAAAGCUGAAAUUACAACUAGA